UAGGAAAUUAAAAAAUGAAAAGGUCAAAAGUCUGGAGUGUUGUCGGACCAACAAAAAGAAAGCAAAGAAAUACUAGUAGGAUGCUAAUACUUAGGAACGAAGGAUCAAUCUGCUUCUUUUGACUAGUAUUAAUUUUACAGUAUUUAUUUGGAUUUCCGGUGAAAUUCAAUCAGUACGUGUUCGGUUUAGGGCUUAAUACACUAUGUGGGUGGAGCUAUUUUGUGGUCUGGUCAUCUACAGAUUGUUCCGUCGAUUCUUCUACGACGACGAUAUUCUCACCGCCGAUUCCGAGGUCCUCUUCUCCGUCGCCGAUAGGAUUGGAAAGCUUUACGAUGGUAAAGUCUACACUGGACUUCGAAUUCCAGAUGCUGAUACCGGUCUGCGACAGAAUAUCGACAUGGUUCUUGUAACGAAAGGGGAAGCAGUGGUGAUUUCUGUUCAGAAUUUAUCAGGGUUUGUAUCAAUUGACGUGGAUGGAAGUUGGGUUUGCACUGCCGGAAAUAGGCACAAAACAGAGCAUCAUGCAGAUCCGGUGGCGGAUACAAAACGACAAGUUGCAAUUCUUGAAUCAUAUCUUGAACAAAGGGGAACUGCUCUUCCAGAAGGAUAUUUGUCUUUCAAAAUAGUAUGUCCCAACCCAAAUUUUUGCACAAUGGAUUCGAAUUAUUUCCCACGGGAAGUCAUCACCUAUGACCAGUGGAAACAAUUAAAACCAGAGCCAAAGAGCAUGUUUUCUGGUUGGAUCAAGGGUGCAUUUCGCACUGGAAAGAAAGAAAUGCAAGAAUCAAUAAAUCAGAAGCUUAAUUUCAUCCUCAGCACAGCCCCAAUCUGGGAUAGAUUGGAGCUUAAAGGUAAUAAAUACAUCCUAGGAGAAUUUUUGGAGUUCAAAGGAAAGAAAGAUGAUGUUCAGGCAUUGACUGUUAUCAGGAGAUCAAAAGUUAGUCGUCUGAUCAUCCAGAAGUCAAGCAUGUUUGGUAUAGCCCAUUCAAAGCUUCAAGUUUUAUACUCUCCUCGUGAUUACCGGAGUGAAGGGGCUUCGGGUUCUGAGUGGAAGGAAAUAACAGUUCGAUCAAAUACUGAGGUGCUAUUCUGGCCUCAAAAUUCUACUAAAGUGUGCAAAUUCAAGCUAUCAUCGUUUAUUUCUGCGUUACUGAGUGCCUGAAGUUGUAUCUGCCAAGUAUACAUGAUCGCAGGAUUCAACAAUUAUUAUCUUAUCUUUGGAUUUGCAUCCCUUCUUCUUCUUCUUCUUCUUCCUCUUUUUCUUUUUCUUUUUCUUUUUUUUUUUUAUUAUUUAUUAUUUUUUAUUUUUUUAAUGUAUAUAAAUUUUGUAACAUUUUUAUGGUCACAUGACUUGAACACGUUAUUCAUUUUCAUUACAUGAUGACUUAGUGGAGAGAUCAGAUUGUAGUGACACGGUUUGGCAGCCUUAUCAUUUUGGUAGGUGUGGUGGAUUAACGAGGGAAGUGUUUCAUCUCUCCUACUUUGAUGAAAAUUGGAAUUAUGAUUACCAAUGAAAAUUGGUAGUAGCAUAUUUUUCUAUCAAUUAUGUACACUUGUGAAACACCACGUGAGAGCUUUACGUGUUUAAAAGGCUAAGAGAGAUAAAUUGGUUUA